CACAAUUAUAAAAUGCCGAGACCUUCGCGCCAAGAAAUCAAUGCAUCUUCAGAAGACCUUGUCUCCUUCUUGUGUCAGUUCACCUCGUUAGGCAUUUCUUAGUGAUUGAGACCGCCAUCAUGGCACGCAAGGUCGAAUACGCCGACAACCUUGAGCCUUCAAGACAAGAAGAUGGUACCAUCGAAGGCACAUCAGAAGAAAUCAUCGACAACCCCGACAAAGCUACUGCCUUCGCCAUCAGCGGCAUAGACGAACACUACGAUAUCGACUCAGACAACUCGCCCCAACCAGAAGUCAGAGCCAAUGUCCCCAACGUCGAUGAUCCCUCUAUGCCUGUUAAUACGCUCCGUGCGUGGACGCUAGGUCUACUGUUUACCAUUCUCGGAACGGGUAUCAAUCAGUUCUUUUCGAUGAGAUAUCCUAGUGUGACUAUCUCAUCGCUUGUCGCGCAGUUGGUCGCUUAUCCUGCUGGAAGAGCCCUUGCGCAUGCGCUUCCUAUUAUGAGGAUUAGAGUGUUCGGGAGGGAGAUUGCACUUAAUCCUGAUCAUCACUUUAACAUCAAGGAGCAUGCGCUGAUUACUAUCAUGUCAAACCUCUCAUUUGGACCGUCUUGGGCAACGGAUAUUAUUCAAGCUCAAGUUGCGCCUGCGUUCUUGGGCCUGAAGACUCCUGUCGGGUAUCAAUUCUUACUCGCGCUUACUAUGCAGCUGUUUGGCCUUGGAAUGGCUGGUAUGGCGUACAGGUUUAUUGUUGAGCCGCCGCAUAUGGUCUGGCCUUCGACGCUUGCUAAUGCGGCGCUGUUUCAGACGUUACAUGGGAGAGCGAACCCAAAGGCUGAUGGAUGGAGUAUUUCGAGGUAUCGCUUCUUUGUCUACGUCUUUGCGGGUGGUUGGUUGUGGUACUGGCUGCCUGGGUUCCUCUUUACUGGACUGAGCACCUUUGCCUUCAUUUGCUGGGCUGCACCAAACAACAUCAUCGUCAACAACCUCUUUGGCAUGUCAACCGGUCUCGCCUAUCUCCCCACCACUUUUAACGGCUCUCCCCUCGUCGUCCCCUUCUGGGCCCAAGCCAAUGUCUUCGCCGGAUGGGUCAUCCUCUUCGCUCUCGUCACACCAAUUCUGUAUUACAGAAAUACUUGGUAUACAGCUUACCUACCGUUCUCGGGGGGUGACAUCUACGACAACACUGGCAAUGUCUUCAACGCGUCACGCGUCGUUGACCGCCACGGAAAUUUCUCUCCCGAAGAUUACAAGAGCUACAGCCCCAUAUUUAUGCCAGUCACUUUCGCUCUCAGCUACGGUAUCUCUUUCGCGACAAUGACUUGCGUUCCGACGUACAUCUUCCUCAACUACUGGAAGCAGAUCGUCGGCGCCUUCAACCCGCAGCGGAAGAAGGAUAUUCAUGCUCGGCUGAUUGAGAGAUACCCUGAUGCUCCGUGGUGGUGGUACGCCGCAUUGACUGCUAUCGUCCUUGGUCUUACCAUCAUGGUUCAAGAGGUUUACAAUACCCAAAUGCCUGUUUGGGGUGUCUUUCUUGCCUUUGGUCUUGCAGCAUUUUAUCUCAUCCCCACCGGAAGUGUCUAUGCUGUAGCCAACUUGAACAGCAAUGUCCUCACUGUCCUUGGCGAGAUCAUCUCAGGAUAUGCUAUCCCAGGAAAGCCAGUAGUCAUGCUGAUCUUCAAGUUCUACGCAUACACUGGACUCAGCCAGGCGAUGAUCUUUGCUUCGGAUAUGAAGCUUGGGCUGUACAUGAAGAUUCCCCGUCGCACACUAUUUGUCGCACAAUUGACUGCCUGCAUUGUUGGGUCUCUCACUCAAAACGCCGUCGUCCUUUGGAUGUUGCACCACGUCAAGGACAUCUGUGAGAGCGACCAACCCAACAAGUAUACCUGUCCCCAAGGUCGCGUCAACUUCUCAUCAAGUAUUGUUUGGGGAGCUGUCGGUCCUGCCCGGUUAUACAGCGUAGGCAAGAUCUACUCAGGACUUUUGCACCUAUUCUGGCUUGGAGCACUACUACCAGUAGUAACUUUCUUCCUGAAAAAGAAGUUCCCCAAUAGCAAGUUGCUACGUAACCUUCACUGGCCUCUCUUUUUCGCUGGUACUGGCAACGUGCCUCCCGCUACUGGCAUCAACUAUAGUUCUGCCUUUGCAGUCUCUUUCAUCUUCAACAAGUGGAUUCGUGGAAGAUACCCUCAUUGGUGGGCGAAGUAUAACUAUGUUCUUUCGGCGGCGCUGGACUCUGGUCUUGCGAUUUCUGCUAUUGUAAUCUUCUUUGCCCUCGUCUUCCCUGGGUCACAAUAUGUCGUACGCACAUUUGGACUAUCGCUUAUCGUUGACGUUUACAGGGGUAGCGUAUCAAUGAUGGUGUCUUUGAAUAUUCUCAGAGCCUUGACUUGUCUUAACUCGGCACAGAGCAUCCUGCCCCUUUCGCCUCCGCACUCGCCUAUCUCCCCGAAGCUCACCGGCGAUCCCUGCAUCCAAAUUGAUGGGGUCUGGAAAAUCACGGAGGACUGUGUUGAUCCUCUGUACUCCCAACCAAUAAUCGACAACGAGACCCACGAGACACUACCGCUACCUCAUCUCAGAAUCUCCGGUCAUUUCGAAGGGACCGCCGUUGACUUCAACAUCUACCUCCCCAAGAAUGGCUGGAAGGGUCGCUUCUUCCAGCUAGUCUUCCCACUACAGAACUCAACUGCAUCCGCUCGGGAGAUUGGAUUCGGUGCUGAAAGCGGAGGGUAUACCGUUCGUGCUUCCGGUCGACCAACGUAUCGUGGUGAUGCAGCUGCAGCUAAGGUUGGCAUGAUGAUUGCACGCGAGUACUACAAGCCCAAGACCAACAAGAUCCAUGGGUAUAUCUACGGAGGUAGCGGUGGAUCUCUUGUUACCGUUGGAGCGAUGGAGAAUACGAUUGGUAUAUGGUCUGGUGCUCUGACACUUGUCCAAGCUGUACCAGUUUCCAUCAACAAUUGGUCUAUCCGUGCUCUCGCAGGUCUGGUUCUUGAGAACAAGAGUGUCGAGAUCGAGGAUGCUCUUAGGCCUGGUGGUAGUGGGGACGUCUACUCAAGCUUGAGUCCCACUGAGAGAACCGCUUUUGAAGAGGCCACGGCCCUUGGUGUGCCUAUCAAAGGGUGGGAAAGCUUCUACGAAACUGGGGCCUCUGAGCCACUUUGGGAAUCUCUCAGAACCGUAUCUGGAGCAGCUGUGACGAGAAUGGAUCCUACCUAUGUGGAUGACUUCUGGAAUAAGCCUGGAUACUUGGGGAGCGAGCAUUCCAGUCUCGGUGAGAUCUUCCGCAAGGAGAUGCUUGACUACAAGACAUCCAUUAUUUCUAUUAGGCGUGGUGUCAACCAGAUUCCUGUUGGCCUCACCCUUGAAAAGGCACCCGAAUCAGCAAGAACAUACUGGCUGGACAUCAUUCUUCUCUCCAAAGAUGGAGAAGCACUCGGGAAAAUCACAGCCAAGGGUCGCAAUGACAAUAACAACAAGACCGUUACCCUUCAUCAUGACAAUGAUCUUGCCGUCCUCUCUCUUCUCCAAGAGGGUAACCAAGUCCACAUAAGCAACCGCAUGUUCCUCGCCAUGCAUGCAAUUCAUCGCCACUCAGUCCCCAAAAGCGCAGACUUCUACGGAUACGAUUGUCUGCGUGAUUCGAACGGAGACCCCAUCUAUCCCCAGCGCCCCGUCCUAGUGGCGGAGCAGAUAGCCUGGUCAGCUAGCGGUGGCGCUUCUUUUUCGGGCAAGUUCAAUGGCAAGAUGAUCGUCAUGGAUAAUCUUAUGGAUGUUGACGCGUUCCCAUGGCAUGCAGAUUGGUACAAGAACCAGGUCAAAAAGGCUUAUGGAGAUGAAGCCGAUAAUAAGUUUCGUCUUCAUUAUAGCGAGAAUGCGGAUCAUCAAAUGGGUCCUGUUUAUCUGGUGCGAAACCGGGGUAUACCCAAGCACUCCAACUAA